UGAAGGAAAUAGUGCGCAAGUCAAUUGGGGAGGCUGAGGAUCUGAGGAGGUUCCCCUCUCUAAAGGCUGAACUGGCUGCUGCCUCUUUUGAAGCUUUAGAAAGAUUUCGUGAGGAUAGCAAGAAAACAACACUGCGACUGGUCGAUAUGGAGUCAUCAUAUCUAACAGUUGAGUUCUUCAGGAAGCUUCCACAAGAGGUUGACAAGGGAGGAAAUCCUGCUUCAGCCUCCACUGUCGAUCGAUACGGCGAAGGCCAUUACAGGAGAAUUGCAUCAAACGUUUCAUCCUACAUCUCCAUGGUGAUGGAGACGCUCAAAAUCUCUGUGCCAAAGGCAGUCGUUUACUGCCAAGUUCGAGAGUCAAAACGUUCUUUGCUUAAUCACUUUUACACGCAAAUUGGGAGAAAGGAGGGAAAGGAUCUGGGAAAGCUUCUGGACGAGGAUCCAGCAUUAAUGGAGCAGAGGCAACAGAUGGCGAAGAAAUUGGAGCUCUACAAAGCUGCAAGGCAGGAGAUUGAGUCUGUCUCGUGGUCCAGAUAAGUGUUCAUUGGUGGUUUCAAUAUACUUAGGCAUUGAUGGCGAUGGCAUAGAAGAAGUUUCUCCAGAUAUGGAAUGUACAGUUUGUAAGUGAAUAAAGAACUCUGCAAUUGACUUAUUUUGAAAGAAAAUUUUGUCUUGAGAUAAUUAAUGGUGGAGAAGUAUGUUUUUUAUUGAUUUUA